AUGCUUAGAUCACCGCCUUGUGAUACUUUGCGAACUGUCUCUAACCCUGAAUUAGCGUCUUCCAAUAUCACACAACGAGAAAAUAAACGGCGCCGAACUAGCGACGCUGAUAACGAAACUGAAAUAGUCUCUACGGAUGAUAUUAACGACCUCAAGACAAUGCUGGAAACCUUUGUUAAUAAUCAAAAUGCAAGAUUAGACAAUAUAGAAAAAAAACUAGCACUUGUCACAAAUCAAAAUGUAAUCAUACAACAAACCAAUUCGGAAAUAGAAAAGUCCAUAAAUUUCGUCUCAAACCGAAUAGAUAACCUGCAAAAAGAUGUCUCCAACAUUGAAAAGCAUCGCAAAGCUCUUGAGUCACAAAUAAACACGAUAAAUACCAAAUUCGACGCCUUGGAGAAAUACAUUCGCAAGACAAGUAUUGAGAUACGUAAUGUUCCAAAAAUAAGAGGUGAAAAUAGGGUGACUUUAUUUAAAUAUGCACACGCCCUAAUCACGAACUUAAAUGUAUUUAUGGGACAAAAUAAUCUUCAUGAUGUUUAUCGUUUGCCAAGCAAGGCUGAUGCAACAUCCUCCACAAUCGUAGCUGAGUUAGGGAGUAGUCUACAUAAGAGUCAGUAUCAAUUUUCGGAACUCACAAAACUUGCCAGAAAAUUCAACUGUUUCUACUUAACAGGGUUACACCAAGGCAUAUGUAAACCAUUUAUAGUGGGAGGUCAUCAAGUAGGCUUAAUUCGGCCCGAUGUCAUGAAACAUCUUCAAAGAUUUCCAGAGGUGUUCAUAGUUGCUGGAAAGUUUGUUGAAUUAAAUCCAGCUUUUAGAGGGUAUAAAGAACGAACAUCAAAAGUAGCCGAUGUUUUACAGACUUUACGCAAAGAAAAUGAAAUAUGUGCUUUAAAAGGCUGGCGAGAUGAGUGUUUUGAAGUGAGUACACCGUUUUAUCACGAGAGUCUUUUGGAAAUGGACAGAAGUGCAAUUUGUCUCUUUGGCAUAAGGAAUUAUGGUGUUAGUGUUAAUGGUUAUUUAACUCAUCCAACAAAAGGUCUUUGUAUCUGGUUACAACAAAGAAGUUUAACUAAACAAACAUGGCCUGGUAAAUGGGAUUGCUUUGUUAGUGGAGGCCUAGCUGUUGGCUAUGGUAUCCUUGAGACUGCUAUAAAAGAAGCAGCUGAAGAGGCUUCUGUUGUAGGAGAAUUAGUAAAGAAGUUGAUACCAUCUGGAUGUGUUAGCUUCUUUUUCGAAAGUGAAAGGGGAUUAUUUCCAAACACGGAAUAUGUGUAUGAUUUAGAGCUUCCACUCGAUUUUAUUCCACAAAAUGCAGACGGUGAAGUGGAGAGUUUUGAACUGUUAACAGCCGAAGAAUGUAUUCAGAGGGCGCUCAGUCCACAAUUCAAAACCACAAGUGCCCCUGUUCUAUUAGAUUUCCUUAUAAGGAAAGGAUACAUUAACCCCGAGAAUGAACCACAUUACAGGCACAUUGUGGAGCUACUUCAUGUACCUCUUCAGUCUAUUUAUAAUUGGCCAUACACCGACAUGACUACUAAUGGUGAUGGCAAAUAA